AUGCGUGGACAUGGUCGUUGUCGCCGCGGGCGUCGUCGACCCAGCCCCGCGCCGGGGGGAGAGCAGCAGAAGCCUAGAGGUGGUUGUCAUCGCUGCUCAUGGCUGCCGGCAAAGGCCACUCCUCCUCUCUCGCCGCCGAGGUUGUCGUCAUCACACGGGUGGGGUGCGGCCGCGCCGCUGGGGUUGAGCGGGCUGCAUCUCAGGUGGGUGGGGGUUGGGGUGAGAGCGGCGCACCACGCCAGGAGGGUGGUGCGGUGCUAUCGCACCGCGGUGUUGCGCCAAUCGGCAGCCGCUGCCCUCUUCCCCGGCCGCCGCACAUCGACCCCCAUGCAUCGCGCGUCCCCCGGAGCCCACCAUGCCACGCACGCACCCCUCGCCGGAGAUCUUCUCGGGUUCCUCGCGCUGCCGCCGCAGUUCGCCGGGGGAGUUGCCGACGAGAGAGAGAUGCAGAGGGAAUGA